AUGGCUGGUGGUGUCAAGAAGCCCGUCAACGUCUUUAAGUUGAAAGACCUCGGCGAGCCCGAGGGAGUCUUCAAUUGGAGACUAUGGUUCGCCGUCAUUUCCUUCGGCCUCUUGGGUGCGGCCCGUGGUGUUGAUGAAGGCCUCAUCUCCGGUGCUUUCAACUCUUCUGAUUUCAAGGAAGCCAUCGAUUACAACUCAUACAACGACGUUGACAAGGCCAACAUCAAGGCCAAUGUCUCCGCCAUGGUUCAAAUCGGCUCCGUCGCUGGUGCCCUCAUCGCUUUCGUGGUCUGCGACAGAAUUGGUCGUAUCUGGGCCACUCGAUUUCUCUGUACCCUCUGGGCCAUUGGUAUCAUUAUCUUCAUGGUUGGAGGUAUUAACGGAAGUCUUGGAGCCAUCUACGCUGGACGUUUCAUCGCCGGUCUAGGUGUUGGACAAACACCCGUCGUUGGGCCUGUGUAUAUCGCUGAGAUCGCACCGGCUGCUAUUCGUGGUCUUUGCACAUGUUUCUUCACUGGAGCGGUGUAUAUUGGUAUUGUGCUCGCCUACUUCACCAACUACGGCGCCCACAUCAACAUCGACAGCCACAGCCACAACCAAUGGCUUGUCCCCACCAGCUUGCACAUCAUGUUCUCUGGAAUUGCCUUCAUCUUGACAUUUUUCCAGUUUGAAUCGCCGCGUUUCCUCAUCAAGCAGGGCAAGGUCGAGGAGGCUACAGAGGUCUUGGCCAAAAUCCGAAAACAAGACCCCAACAGCGACUACAUCACGAACAACAUCGCCGCCAUCCAGGCUGCCCAUGAGCAUGAGCUUGAGGCCUCCCAGGGCGUUGGUGUUCUUGGCAAGCUGAAGGAGAUGUUCCUGGACAAGGGUAACCUGUACCGUCUGUACCUCUCGACCAUGGUCCAAUUCCUCAGUCAGUGGAGUGGUGCUGGAUCUAUCACCCUCUAUGCUCCCGACUUGUUUAAGCUUAUUGGUAUUACCGGUAGCGAGGAGGGUCUACUUGUUACCGCCAUCUUUGGUAUUGUCAAGCUCAUCGCCGCCAUUGGAUGCGCCCUCUUCCUUGUCGAUGUGAUUGGUCGCAAGCGCGCACUGCUCACUGGUAUCACCCUCCAAGCCAUCUCCAUGAUUUAUGUGGCGGCUUUCCUGACUUCGGUCCCCGAACUGGGAAUUGUCGAUGGUUUCGUCCUCCCCGACAAGGACAAGGCUGCCAGCCGAGGUGCUAUUGCCAUGAUCUACGUCUCUGGAUUCGGUUGGGCACUGGGCUGGAACUCUAUGCAGUACCUGCUCACUGCUGAGCUGUUCCCUCUCCGAAUCCGUGCCCUCGCCACCUCGUGGGCCAUGACCCUGCACUUUGCCAACCAGUAUGGAAACUCGCGUGCUGUGCCAAACAUGCUUCUCUCCACUACCGACGGAGGUAUCACCCCCAAGGGAACCUUCUGGUGCUUCGCCGCCGUCACCAUUGUGGGUGGUAUCUGGGUCUUCCUCUCCGUGCCUGAGACUAGCGGCCGUUCCCUCGAGAGCAUGGAUGCUCUCUUUGAGCUGCCCUGGUACAGAAUUGGUCUGUAUGGUAAUAAGGAUGCCGAUGAGAAGGAGGUUGCUUUUACUGAGAAGCAGAGGACUGCUGAGGAGCAGUAUGGGCAGACCACCCAGAUUGAGGAGAAGCGACCUGCAAAUGUUUGA